UUUUUCUGCUUGGUGUUGUUACAUUUGCUAAUAAUUUGGAAGAAAUUACCACGAAUUAAAUAGAAAAUAAUAAAUUAUUCAUACUUACUUGGCGAUAAAGUGCGGAAAUAUAUAAAUUAGACUCAACUGAUAGUGCAGAUAAUUACAAGAAGCUGAAAUUGGAGAAAUGCCACAACGCCGAAUUGGAAAUCGUCGAGAAAAUGGUAGAGGUGGUAGUGGAGGCGGUAGUGCUGGAGUUGGCAAUAUGCGAGAUGGUGGGCGUGGCAGAGGCGGAGGUGGUAGAGGGCGCGACGAUGGUGUGCGUUCUGGACGUAUAGAGAAGCGCUAUGACGAUCGUGGUCGUCGGGGUGGUGGUGGAGGUGGGGGCAACGGUAACAACAAUGAUUUUGCCGGACUACGCAACAUAAACUGGUCCGACGUACGCCUGCCGCCUUUCCAGAAAAACUUUUACCAAGAGCAUGCAAAAACGCGCAAUCGCCCACUACACGAAGUAGAAAGGUACCGCACAGCUCAUCAAAUAACAGUUCGUGGCCCAGCGCCCAAUCCCAUACAAUACUUCGACGAAGCUUGCUUCCCCGACUAUUGCCUAAACGAAAUCAGACGUCAGCGCUAUACAGAACCAACGGCUAUACAAGCACAAGCAUGGCCAAUCGCAAUGAGCGGAUGCAAUCUCGUCGGCAUCGCUAAGACAGGCUCUGGCAAAACUCUUGCUUUCAUUCUCCCUGCUAUAGUACACAUUAAUAAUCAACCGCCAUUGCAACGCGGUGAAGGCCCGAUUGCAUUGGUCUUGGCACCAACGCGAGAAUUAGCACAGCAGAUACAAACGGUGGCGAAUGAUUUUGGUUCGAGUGUUUACGUUCGAAAUACUUGUAUAUUUGGUGGUGCUCCGAAAGGCAAACAAGCAAACGAUUUGGAACGUGGUGUGGAAAUUGUAAUUGCAACUCCCGGACGAUUGUUAGAUUUUUUAGCUGGUAGUGUUACAAAUUUACGCCGUUGUACCUACUUAGUUUUGGAUGAAGCUGACCGUAUGCUGGAUAUGGGAUUUGAACCACAAAUACGGAAAAUACUCGGACAAAUACGACCGGAUAGACAGAUUCUUAUGUGGAGCGCCACUUGGCCAAAAGAGGUGCGGCAAUUGGCUGAAGAUUUUCUCGGCUCAUAUAUACAGGUAAACAUUGGUUCGUUGGAGUUAUCCGCAAAUCACAAUAUACGCCAAUAUGUUGAUGUUUGCAACGAACAUGAUAAAGGCACAAAGUUAAAAGAUUUGCUCUCUCACAUUUAUGAUCAGUCACAUGCUCCUGGUAAAAUUAUUAUAUUUGUAGCUACAAAGAAGAAAGUGGACGAGUUGUCACGAUUUAUCAAUGGCUUUGGUGUGCGAGUGGGUUCCAUACAUGGCGAUAAAUCUCAAGUUGAUCGUGACAAUGUGUUGGCCGAAUUUCGCAGCGGUCGCUCAAACAUUCUGGUGGCCACAGAUGUCGCAGCCCGUGGCUUGGAUGUGGAUGGUAUCAAGUAUGUUAUAAACUUUGACUUUCCACAAUCGUCCGAGGAUUAUAUACAUCGAAUCGGUCGCACUGGACGUAAACAUUCCACCGGAACGUCAUAUGCAUUUUUCACGCGCAAGAAUGCCAAGUGUGCGCGUGCUUUGAUCGAUAUACUGCGGGAAGCCAAUCAAAAUGUGAAUCCAGAAUUAGAGUACAUUGCGCGCAGCGCUGGUACGGGUGGUGGACGCAGUCGCGGCGGUCGAGGAAGUGGUGGUGGCGGUGGUGGCCACAGCAUGGGAUCUAAUAGACGCGGUGGUGGUGGUAAUGCAUUUAGCUCUGGUGGUAUGGGUGGAAACUCUGGUUCUGGUUAUGGUAAUGGCUAUCGUGGUAGUGCGAUUAUGGGAGCCAACAGUAGUGGUGGUGGUGGAUAUAGUAGUGGUUAUUCGAAUGGCAGUCUAUCCGCCAGCGGCCCGAGAUCGCGUGACUACAACUCCCGGCAUUAAACCAUAAACACACAUUGUUAAAGCAAUUGCUUAAGAACUCGACCACUGUAAGAGUUUGGUUUAAUAUAAGUGAUAUAAAAUGAACUUUCGUUAAGUUCGUCUUCAAAUUUCGCAACGCUUCAUAAAGCAAAUAAUUGAGAUUGGCAAUUACGUGUGGAAGGUAUGCAUCACCUUGUCUUGAAUCCGAUGGAUAAAUCGACGAAAAAUAAUUUAUAGGCUGAGUCUUCAUAGUUAAUUGUAAGCACUUUUACUUUUCGAAUUGAGCCCUUUUUGGGCAUGUUAAUAAAUUUCAAUCGCUUUUGGCAUUCUUGAGAAUCGUCUGCAAAUGUUAUUCAUGCAGCAACAACAAGACAUUUAUGUACGUCAAGGAAACAUAAGAGAAGGAGGACACAGCUUUAUUCCUAUACAAAAUAGUUUAUGAACCCAUGAAUGUGUAUAUUUUCGUUUAACAUACAUACAUACAUACAUCAAACAUUUAUUGAAUGAAUGGAUGAAUAAAAUAAAGCUAUGUACGAGUAUAUCACUGUUCACUAAAGCAGAAGAUUAAAAAAAUAAAGUUUUAAUAUCUUUAUUUCAAUGAAA